AUGUCUCACGACGAACACCACGAUCCUCAACGAGGCGCACCGCACCCGCCAGAAGAAGAAUAUGGGCCGUAUCCCACAUCGACAUAUCCCAACUACAGCAGCUCGCGAGCCUACCCAGCCCCGGUCCGCGCCGCGGCCGUAGCCACCGUGGAGCAAGCCGCCGCUGCCAUGCCCGACACCACCAUCACCCUCUUCGAAAGAUGGGCUGCCGGCGCCUCCGACUCUCAAUUCAACGCACUCGCCGGCGCCGUCGGAGGCUUCACCUCGGGCGUCGUCACCUGCCCGCUUGAUGUCAUCAAGACUAAGCUGCAGGCCCAGGGCGGCUUCAACCCUAUCGCAAAAGGCAGACACGUCGGACACCCAAAGCUGUACAAUGGCCUGCUUGGCACCGCCGGCGUCAUUUGGAGGGAAGAGGGCAUCCGCGGCAUGUACAGGGGGCUCGGCCCGAUAGUGUUGGGCUAUCUGCCCACCUGGGCUGUUUGGUUUACCGUCUACAACAAGAGCAAGGAUUGGAUGAAGCAGCGCCAUGACAACGCGGUGUUUAUCAACUUUUGGUCAUCCAUCAUAGCCGGUGCCAGCAGUACCAUUGUUACGAAUCCGAUAUGGGUUAUCAAGACCCGCCUGAUGUCGCAAAGCGUCGCACACGACCCUGGCAAGCACUACUCGCAGUUUCCGAAGUCGUCUAAUACACCAACUUCGAGACCGACGUUGCACAGCAACUGGCAUUAUUCGUCGACGGUGGACGCCGCGCGCAAGAUGUACACGUCGGAAGGCAUCCUCUCCUUCUACUCCGGUCUGACGCCGGCCCUGCUGGGACUUACUCACGUAGCUGUCCAGUUCCCCGCGUACGAGUACCUGAAGACCAAGUUCACCGGUCAGGGAAUGGGAGAGCCUGCGCACGGCGAUGCGCAGGAGUCGCAGUGGAUGGGCAUUCUCUGUGCUUCGAUCUUAUCGAAGAUCAUGGCGAGCAGCGCGACGUACCCGCACGAAGUCAUCCGGACGAGGUUGCAGACGCAAAGGAGGCCAGUAGCCGGAGCGGAAUACCUCCUGGGUCUUGGCAUCAAGGUGCCAGAGUCGAUGCUGGGCGACGAAGCCAAGAAGCAACAGCCGAUAUCACCAAAGUAUCGCGGCGUGGCUAGCACCUUCCGGACGAUCCUCAAAGAGGAGGGAUGGAGGGCAUUUUACGCUGGCAUGGGCACUAACAUGAUGCGAGCGGUGCCGGCCGCGACGGUGACGAUGUUGACGUACGAGUUUGUCAUGAAGCAGCUGAACCAAGCAAGGGACGAGGGCAAGAGAAAGAAGGGAAGGGAACUCGAACCAUGA